AUGGUAGGACCUCCAUACUGCCUUAUUUUCCAUUAUUUGGAACAUUUAUCAUCAUCAUUAGAAGGCUUGGAGGAUGGCAUCAGAGCGGCUGUACGUAACUCGGGAUACCAGGUCCGAAAAAGCACAGUUUUCCUUAUCGAUGAGGUCAAUCUCGCCUCUUUGGGAGUGCAGUAUGGACAAACAGAUUAG